AUGAAGGAGCUUCUUCCAGGGGGACAAAAAAGGGGGAAGAAGAGGAUCAUCAAACCAUCAGAAGCCGGCCAAGAUGGCAACAUCAAAAGGGAAGGACAGACGAGCAAAGGAGGGAAGCCGGCAGGAACCAAGGAGCCAAGAACGAGUGGUGGAUACCGAACACAGGAGUCGUACUCAAGCACACUACAAGACAGAUUUAGCCGAAAGCGAAAGAACGAGGACAAUAGGUUCAGAACGGAGGAUAGUGUAACAUCAGAGACGAGAUCACCCGAAUGCAAGAGGGAGGGAAGCAGCAAUAUGAAAAAGACAAUCAUGAGAGGAAACCGCAAGGAGGAGCCAGUCCCAGGCCAAGGGUUCCGGGACACACCAGGAGCAGCCGAGUCUGAUAGCGGGCCCAAUAAAGAACAGAUGGGAGCUAGAAGAUUGGAACAGCGGAUGAAUGAAGGGACCAGAGAGCAAAGAUCUCGCAAGGGAAAGACGAGAGGAGGCCAGGAAAGCUCAUCAGGAGGAACAGAAGGGAGACAACCAGGGAAUGGAGCAGGGGACGAGAAGAAGCGCAGAAGGGGAGAAACCCUAGCAAGAAGAAACCGCAAAAGGGGGGAGACUACAGGGAGCAUAGUAAGAGGCAGAAUCAAGAGUGGAUCCCAAGUCAGAAGGUACAAGAAAUCCGAAGCCAGGAGCGGUUGCGUCAGCAACACCCGGACCUUAACAGAAGACAGAAACAGCACUAGAGAGAUAAAAAUAGAGCAGAUAGAAAUGCUACGAAAUAAG